AUGCUUCGCCAACACAAUGCCUUGUUUGGAGCCCGAGAUUGGACCUACCGCCUACAUCGGCUCUGGCUGUGUCGUCUGUUGCAUCAUUCUUGUGUUCAUCACCAGGAACCAAGAAUCAACCAGGUGGGAAUCCAGUAUCUCUCGAAUAAUCUCCACCGAAAAGUGUUCCCCAAAUCGGAUCCUGACUAUCUUAAAAAUGAGGCAAACUCCAGCCUCCUAGCCUUGUCUAAGGAUCAUUUGAAAAAUGUCAAUCUUCUAGGAAAGAAGACUCAGAUCACAGAGCCAAUUGAUAUACCGAAUUUCCCGAGUUUGGUCGGGAAUGGUACGUUGGACGAACAUUUCCACAGAAUCGGCGGCCGAAUUUCCAAACCGUAUCUAGAUUUGGCCGAGUCCUUUUUUCACAAAGAGGUUGAACUCCCGCCAAUGCCCAAAUCUUGGAAAUUUGAGCUGGGAUGGAUACGCUAUGCACCAGACGAAGAGCCUCGUAAAGUUGAUUACCCGCUUGAGGAUGCUCUUGUAUUCGAUGUGGAGGUGCUUUACAAAAUAUCCAACUACCCGGUUAUGGCAACUGCUGCAUCCUCGCAAGCAUGGUAUGGCUGGGUCUCUCCUGUACUCACAAACCAUACUCAAGACCUGAAAGAUGAUUUUGAGCAUCUCAUACCCUUAGAUACCCACAGCAGACCGAAGCUAUUGGCUGGAUACAAUGUAAGUUACGAUCGUGCAAGAGUAAAGGAAGAGUACAACAUCAAACAAUCAAAGGCAUUCUUUUUAGAUGCUAUGGCGCUUCACAUUUCCACCAGUGGCUUUUGCUCGCAACAGCGCCCUCUCUGGCAUGCUCAUAGAAAACACAAGUCUGCGGUGAAGGACGCGCAAGAGUCAGAGUCUCUGGAACUAGAUUCGGACGAUUCUGACAUGAAUGAGAGCAACAUCAACUACUCGCCGCAGGAUAUUGCGCAAGAGUUAAUGGACGACCCAUGGCUCAACAAAGGAACCACAAAUUCUUUGGCGAGCGCAGCAGAAUUCCAUUGCGGGAUAACAAUGGACAAAGAAGCCAGAGACAUGUUUUCAAGCACAGACAUCCGUGUGAUUGUGGACAAUUUUCAAGAACUCAUGGCAUACUGUGCAAAAGAUGUGGGUGUAUCAUAUCAGGUGACAAAGAAGUUGCUACCUGAGUUCCGAGCAAAGAAUCCUCACCCUGUUUCCUUCGCCGCUUUGAAGCUGUUGGGAACUCUUUUCUGUCCUACGACUACGAAAUGGGAGUCAUAUAUUCAAACGGCUGAAAAGAUCUACCAAGAAAACAGAGAGAAAGUUGGUUCAAUUCUUCGUGGCCGUGCGAAUGCCCUCAUUGAGUACAUCGAAAAGAACGAUGAUAGUAUCAAGCCCGAUAUCGAGAAUGAUCCAUGGCUUAUGCACCUCAAUUGGUCUAUAAAAGAAGUUAGAACCCGAAAAGAUGGAACACCUUCUGCAAGACAAGCUUUUCUCACUGGAUAUCCCGAAUGGUACAGGGAGCUUUUCAAAACGGUGAAAGAUGAAAAUGGAGAAUCGCAGAAGGAACUCAAUUUAUCGGUCCGAACCAGAGUAACACCGUAUCUUCUUCGCCUUAAAUGGGAGGGUUAUCCUCUUGUAUGGACUGACACUGCUGGCUGGUGUUUCAAAGUUCCUGCAAACGAUACUGAGAUUGAAAGACUAAUUGAGAAAAAAUACUUAAAGAUCGAUCUUAACCCUGAGGAGUUUGCUGAUGUUUUUUCAUUACUUCGUGAGGGAAAGCGUGCGUACGAGCUAUUCAGAAUUCCACAUCCGGAAGGCCCAAAACGUCGCUGCACUUUGAUAAUGUCUAAAAGCUAUGUCAAGUACUUCGAUAGCGGGGAACUUUCAUCUGAAUAUGAAUACGCAUCCGAGAUUCUCAAUCUUAAUGCUACGGCUUCCUACUGGAUGGGAAACCGCGCCCGGAUAAUGGAUCAAUUUGUCGUUUAUUCUGAUCCAAGUGGAGAUCGCAAUCAUUUCUUCAACACUAAAGCCGAAUCGAAAUCCAACAAGGAGUUUGGCAUGAUUAUUCCUAAGUUCUGUACAAUGGGAACUGUUACUCGACGCGCAACAGAAAACACAUGGUUGACCGCCUCGAAUAGCAAAAGUAAUCGUAUUGGAUCUGAGCUCAAGGCAAUGGUCGUCCCACCAAAGGACUAUGUUUUUGUCGGUGCUGAUGUUGACUCAGAAGAGCUUUGGAUUGCUUCAUUAAUUGGGGACUCUAUGUUCAAAUUGCAUGGAUCGACUGCUUUGGGCUGGAUGACCCUUGAAGGUGAUAAAAACGAGAAAACAGAUCUACAUUCAAGAACUGCUGAUAUUAUGGGAAUCCUGCGUAACGAUGCGAAAAUUUUCAAUUACGGAAGGAUUUAUGGCGCUGGAGUUAAAUUUGCAACGCAACUACUUCAAAAGUGCAGUAAUAAUCUCAGUGAUGGUGAAGCCGCAAAGAAAGCACAAGAGUUGUAUGCUCAAACGAAAGGCCUUCAAAGCUUCUCAAAAGUUUUAGAGAAAAGGAUGUACCAUGGUGGAACUGAAUCCGUCAUGUUCAAUGCCCUCGAGGCCAUUGCGCAUCUCGAGAACCCUAGAACGCCUGUCCUUGGAGCUUCGAUCACCGAUGCAUUGACUCGAAAGUAUUUGAACAAGAACAAUUAUUUGACUUCACGUGUGAACUGGGCUAUCCAGAGCAGUGGUGUUGACUAUCUCCAUCUAUUGAUAAUAUCGAUGGAGUAUUUGAUAGAAAAGUUUGGACUUGAUGCUCGCUUGAUGAUAACCGUGCACGAUGAGUUGCGGUAUAUGGUCCGUAAAGACCAAAGCCUUCAAUGUGCCCUUUUGCUUCAAAUCAGUAAUCUCUGGACGAGAGCUAUGUUUUGCGAGCAACUUGGUAUCCAAGAUGUCCCUCAGUCAUGCGCUUUCUUCUCAGAGGUUGAUAUUGACCAUGUUCUUAGAAAAGAAGUUGGAAUGAGUUGCGUCACGCCCUCUCACCCUGAAUCGAUUCCACCGGGCGAGUCAUACAGCAUCAAGAAGCUUUUGGAGUCUAUUGAUGCUGCUGAGUUCCUUGGUCGUAAACAAAAAGCUCUUAAACAUUUGAGCAGCCAAAAAUAUGUCACACGUGUUCCUGUCAUGCAAGAAUUUGACGCAAACAUUGGCGACAAUUUGAAGGUAGCCAAAUUGAGACUCCAAAACGCCACUGACAAGUCAGAAUGGUCCAAGCUGAUGACUUUGUACAUGAAUGAGCUCAAGAACAGAAGAAUGCCGAUUGUCAAUAUGACUGGUUCAGAUGGAAUAGAUACGAAACAUCCUAAGAGACGCAACACAGUAAGAUCACGAACAAAAGACGAUGUCUCAUUGUCCAAUGUGUUUGAAGAAGAUCUUUCUAAAACAAGAGUUACAUCAAAACACGCUUCCACAGCAUCGCAAAGAGGAGACGAUUCUCCUGGUAAACAAACUUCGAAGCACGCUCGCCAUCUCACUAAGGACGACGACACCAUCAUGUCGAAACAAGGCGAUCAACUUCUUCUCGAGCAACUUGCCCAAGCCAACGCAAUUCUGCGGGGCCAAUUCUUUCAUGCGUCCUCAGGUUCUACGCCUAAAGCGCACAAGAGUUCAAUCAAACUGAGUCAAUUUUCACGCAAUUACAGAGCAGGGCUGAGUAUCUCUAGUAGCAGACCCAACACUUUCAUGGGCCCGCUAACAGAUGAUUACAAAAGAAAGCAGUCUCUACUGUUCCUGGCAAAGAAAACACAAAGUACACAGACAACUAACAAUAGUCGCAGAUCGUAUUCACAGGCAAGAUUUGCAGCGUUCAAGAGACAAAGUAGAGCCCUUUCCCUGACGACAUGCUCCAUAGCUCAAACGAGAAAACACAUUCCAAUUUCCGGGCCACAAUUUACAGCAAACGGCGAUUUGCAAACCGAAAACCCCAGUAUAGAUAGGAACUUUCGACGACGAAGAGACGGCGCUGUGUAUGAGAGCGAAUACCGCUUUGGAAGAGGAUAUCGACGAUCCACAGCUGCAUAA